AUGGUUUCUUUCCAAGAGACAAACAACACCUCCCAGACUUAUCCAAUGCAGGCUGCACAAAGGGUGCAUAAAUGGCUAAAACCAGUAGAGGGCUACUAUAAAGCACAAUGGGAUGCAACUCUAAGUGUUGGUAUAUGCAAGAUUGGGGCGGGAGUGAUAAUUAGAGACCACCAAGGUCAGGUUAUAGGAGCACUUAGAGCCUCCAGAUGGUUGAAAGGCAGGCCCUUUGAUGCUGAAGCACAUGGCCUUCUACUGGCAGCACUUUUCUGCAAGGAAAUGGGGCUCAUGCAGGUCAUUCUAAAAGGUGACUUAAAACAAGUGGUUGAUUUGUUGCAGAAGCAGGUUUCUAACUGGAGCAUGGGGGGAUUGCUGAUUGAAGAUGCCCAGAACCUAAUGAAUUCUUGCAGCCAGUGGUCAGCUACUCACACCUAUAGGGAGGCCAACAAGGUUGUUCACUAUCUAGCAAAGUUUGCUCUAAAUUUACCAGAGGAUGUAUAUGAUAUUGAAGAAUGUCCAUUCGGUAUUCAAUCCAUUGUAAACAUAGAGAUGUUAUAA